ACACAAGCGCGCGAGCGCGCCAGUCACAGAGGCCAGCCAGUGUGCGUCACCACGGGCUGCUUUGGGAGGAUUUCGUUGGUUCACUUGUGCAGGAGCUGAGAGGAUGCGGGACGGCGUCUCUGCUGCUGCCUCCCGAGACCAUGCGCGAUCUCCGUUAAAUCCACGCAGCGUGGAAACACCAUGGCUGUUGACGCGGCGUCCAGUUUUAGUUUCUGCCGGCCAGCCGUGGAGUACAGAGACCUGCCCGACGACUUUAAAGAGCGGCUAAGAGCGUGUACGGGUGGCAACCUGACCUGGCACGACGGCCGAGGCCAAAAGGCGGCGGGAGGCCGGGCGAUUAAGUUGCUGCAGCGGCCUGGCGCAGACGCCUCCCAGUAUCGUUCCAGUGACAAUUACAGCAUCUACAACACCAGCCCGACGCAGCCCAGCUUGGUCCGACCCGUGGUGCUGUGGACGCAGCAAGAUGUUUGCAAAUGGCUGAAGAAGCACUGUCCUCACAACUACCUAGCCUACGUGGAGGCCUUCUCGCAUCACGCCAUCACAGGCCGGGCGCUGCUGCGUCUGAACGGCGACAAGCUGAAGAGAAUGGGACUGGUGCAAGAGACGCUAAGGCAGGAGCUUCUCCAGCAAGUUCUUCAGCUGCAGGUUCAGGAGGAAGGACGCAACCUGCAGCUGCUCAGCAGAGGUGAAGGUUUCUUUGAAAAGAGGUCAUAAGCGGACAGCCAGGAAUGUGGACAUUUCAAGUCCUGCUUCAAAGAACAUUCUGUGCAACGUAUUUAGUGCAGGUGCACAGUACACAGACA